AUGUCUUACAACGCCCCUUCCAAUACUUCCACCACCACCAGCGGCGCUCCUCGCGCUGCGGUCUGGAGCUUGAAGUCCUCCAACCCUGACCUCCCUGCGGAGUCAGCCAUCUUGCCCGACGAUGGUAGCAACGGCACUGAGUCCGUCUUUGAUGAUGACAAACGCCGUCGCGUCGACCCUCAGAACUUUGCUGAUGGUGGCAAGUUCCGAUCUGUCGUCAAGAUCCAGGCUUGCUUCAACAAGGGCAACGGCAGCGUCUGGAUGAUGGGCUCCGGUUGGCUCAUUAGCCCGGACACCGUCGUCACCGCCGGCCAUGUCGUCUACGACUGGGGUCACCGCCUCCAGAGCGCCACCGAGAUCAAGUGCUACAUUGGAUACUCUGGCCGCGCUUCCAUUGGCACUCCCAACGUCCAAGCCCGCUUCGGUGAGCGUAUCAUCACCACCGCUGAGUGGAUCGAGGCUGCCGGCAACCGCAGACAUGAUGUCGCCUUCAUCAAGGUCAACCGUCCGUUCACCGGCAACCUCCGAAACAUCCCCUUCAAGGAGACUCCUUUGUUCGCCAAGAACGCCAACAUUGGUGUUGUCGGAUACCCUGGUGACAAGUACCUCGAAGGCCAGAACGGACAGAGCGGAGAGAAGGGUGCUCAGAUGUACGAGGAGUUCGCGCCUACCGAGUAUGACCUCAAGAAGAGCGAGCGCCAUAUGAUUGAGUACCAGGUCUCGACUUUCGCCGGUCAGUCUGGCGCCCCGAUCUUCCAGGUUGAGAACAACUCGUUGGUGUCCAUUGGCACCCACUGCUACGGUGGUGGCGGCGACGAGAGCAACUCUGGCAACUCCAUCAGCGGCCCCUACGGUAACAACUACCAUGCCUUCCUCGAUCUCUUCAACAGCCCCCAGUUCCCCCAGGCACAGCGUCAGGGCAUCAAGGUCAAGAACAGCAGCGCCCCUUAUUCCAACGGUUACAGCAACGGCAACACGUACAACGGCAACACGUACAACGGCAACGGCAACGGAUAUUCCAAUGGCGCCUCCAACGGACACAGCAACGGCUACAACAGCUUUCGCCAGGAGAUCGUGUCUUCUCCCCCGCAGCCGGCCCACUACAACUCGGGCACGGGUUUUCAGGAGAGCUCGGAUGAGGAGGGCUUCUUCGAUAUCAUCAGGUCGAUCGCCAAAGUCGCCGGACCUGUCGUCUCGACUGUCACUCCUUUCCUUGGUCCCAUUGGUGGACCCAUCGGUGCCAUCGCUGGCGGCAUCCUUUCGACUGUCGGAGGUGCCGAAAGCGCUCUCGAGGACGGGAACGCGACUGCCGCUGUUGAGACCGCGAUCAACUCGGGCGCCACUGAGCGCGCGGUGCUCGCCGAGGCGUCGCUUCAGGCCCUACUGAAGCUCGAAGAUACCCCCGAGACCGCUGAGAUCCUCCAUACCAUCAACUCCAAGUACAACGCUUUCAGGCCCAAGUUGGAUGCCAUCGCCAAGGUCGCUCAGCCCCAGCUCACUGAGGCCGGACUUCACCUGGCUCACCGCCAGAUAGCCAAGAUCCAGGAGCGAGGAGCCUCUGGAUUCCAGGAGUCUGACAUUGAGCUCCCUCGUGAGCAGCUCAGGGGCCUCCAGUACAACCAGCAAGGCUCGCAAGGAGCCUUUGUCCAGGGUCUCCUGGCACCCACUCGUCCGGUCUCGGGCGAAGAGGGCUUCUUUGACUCCCUCGGCUCUGUCUUGAGCAAGGGCAUCAGCUUUGCCAAGCCCUUCAUUGCGAGUGCCGCGCAGGGAGCACUCUCCGGCGUCAUCGGCCGUCUCGGUGGUGGCGCGGAGUCCUCCAUCGACACCCCCGCCGUCGGCUCUCAUGAGUAUGCCACACUUCUCGCGUUCAAGCGUGCCGCUGCCGCAGAGGCCGCUCUGCAGACCCUCAUGGCGCUGCCCAAGGAGAAGCUAGACCUCCUUCGCGUCAGCGAGCCCCAGAACGGCGAGGAGGGCUUCUUCGACGUCAUCAAGGCUGGCGUCCAGAAGAUUGCCCCCUCCGUGUUGGACAUUGCCAAGACGGCCAUGCGCAAGGUCGUCCCCGUCAUCGUCGACGCUGCUUCCCAGAAGAUCAAGAGCGCCGUCGGACAGGAGAGCGCCAACUCGGCUCCCCGUAACAACGUCACCAGCACUACCAGUGUCAUUCGGACCAAGAGGUCCGUCGCAGACUUGCUCACCGCGUCGGGUCAGUCCUACAAGGGAGCGAAGGUGAGCAACAGCCCUGAUGAUUUCGACCACGUGAACGCCACCCUCGAGGAGCUCCUCAAGUCCCGUGAGAGUACAUGGGUGCCUUCGCUCCACAAGCGCAAGUCCUGGGACUCGAACGACGACGGCCUCUGCAUGAUGGACGACGAGGAUCUUUGA